GCCUCCCGCGGGCGCGCAUCUGCUCCGCUCCGCUCUCCCCGGAGAUCCGCGGGCACAGCUCCGCUGGGACCGUGCCGAGCCGGGCCGAGCCGGGCCAUGGCCCCGCCGGGCCCCGCGGCGCUGCGCUGCGCGCUCCUGUGCGCGCUGCUGUGCGCGCACGGACCCGCUCCCACCCGCGCAGGAGAGUGUGGCCAGCUGAGCUCCUGCGAGCUGUGCACAGCUGUGCACUCCCACAACGGCACCGGCUGCGUCUGGGUGGGCUGCGGGACCCCCGAGGAGCCAGGAGCAGGGAGCUGCGUGCGGAGAGGCUCAGCAGCGCAGGGGACCUGUGCUCUCUACAACAGCAGCGCCCUGUGCCGAGCACUGAAGUCCCACACGGAGGAGCCUCCACGGUCCCACAGCAAGGAGCCAGUGACACACUCCACAAGGACCACCACCACCAGCGCCCCGCUGACGGGCAGCCCCGAGUUCCACGCGCCCGGCUCCGACACGGCCAGCUUCAUCGGGGGCAUGGUGCUGGUGCUGUGCCUGCAGGCCGUGGCCUUCUUCCUCUUCAAGUUCAUCAAGUCCAAGGACAGCACCUACCAAACGCUGAUCUGAGCUCCUCCCGGCUGGGGGGUCGCUGUCCCCGGCCCCCCCAGGUGAAGAGGCCGCCGCUGGUGUCCCCCUGCACAGCCCCCGCACCACCACUAUGCAAGGCCAGGACCCCAGGGUGGGAUGGGCGCCCCCAGCCCUGCACGGUGCCUGGGCUGCUCCGGGGCUCUGGGCCCCCCCGGCUGCUCCCAGGGGUGCAGCGGGGCUGGGGGGGCCCUCCAGCCCUGAAUUCCACCUUGGGCCCCCACCCUGUGCUUGCCAGACGCCCCGGGCACGCAGGGACCGGGGGACACGGCCACGGGUGGCACUGGGGGACCCUUGGUGGCCCCAGCCCCGCACCGGGCAGAGCCCCAGCUGGAACAGGGGGACAGAAACCAAUAAAGGAAUU